AUGGGGUCCGUGUUUCGGAGCGAAGAGAUGUGCCUCUCGCAGCUUUUUCUUCAAGUGGAGUCGGCCUAUUGCUGUGUGGCAGAACUUGGAGAGCUGGGCCUGGUUCAGUUCAGAGAUUUGAAUGCAAACGUAAACAGCUUCCAAAGGAAGUUUGUGAAUGAAGUGAGAAGAUGUGAAUCCUUGGAAAGAAUCCUUCGCUUCUUAGAAAUUGAGAUGGGGGAAGACAUACCAUUUCAAAAGCCUGUGAAAUACCCAGAGACUCCACUGCCACGAGAAAUGAUUGACUUAGAGGGUGUUUUGGAGAAGCUGGAAGGGGAGCUGCAAGAAGCCAACCAAAACCUUCAGGCAUUGAAGCAGAACUUUCUCGAACUCACUGAAUUGAAGCAUCUCCUGAAGAAAACCCAAGACUUCUUUGAGACUGAAACUAAUUUGCCUGAUGAUUUCUUCAAUGAAGACACCUCUGGACUUUUGGAACUAAAAAGUACUCCAGCAGCAGCAGCUGCAAAACUGGGAUUCAUAGCUGGAGUGAUCAAGAGGGAAAGGAUGGUGCCUUUUGAACGUUUGCUGUGGAGAGCUUGCCGGGGAAACAUCUAUCUGAGGUUCAGUGAAAUGGACACUCCUCUAGAAGAUCCUGUCACUAAAGAAGAGAUGAAAAAGAAUGUGUUCAUUAUCUUCUACCAAGGGGAGCAGCUUAGGUUGAAAAUCAAGAAGAUCUGUGAUGGUUUCCGGGCCACAGUGUACCCUUGCCCAGAGUCGGCAGGAGAGCGGCGAGAAAUGGCUGCUGGUGUGAACACAAGGAUUGAGGAUCUGAACACUGUGAUCAUCCAGACAGAGUCCCAUCGCCAGGUACUGUUGCAGGAAGCGUCUACCAAGUUGUGGAGCUGGCAGAUCAAAGUGAAGAAAAUGAAAGCCAUCUACCACAUCCUGAACUCUUGCAACAUUGAUGUCACGCAGCAGUGUGUUAUUGCUGAGAUCUGGUUCCCUGUUCUAGACACAGGCAGGAUAAAAAGAGCGCUGCAUAAAGGAAUGGAGCGAAGUGGAUCCACAAUCAACCCCAUCCUGACUGCUAUACAGACCAAGAUGGCUCCUCCCACCUUUAACAGAACCAAUAAAUUCACAGUUGGCUUUCAGAGCAUAGUCGAUGCCUACGGAGUAGGGAAUUACCGGGAAAUGAAUCCAGCCCCCUACACUAUCAUUACCUUUCCUUUUCUGUUUGCGGUCAUGUUCGGCGAUUGUGGCCACGGGGCUGUCAUGUUGAGCUUUGCUCUCUGGAUGAUCCAAAAUGAGAAGGCCCUUUUAGCACAGAAGGGCAGCAGCGAGAUCUGGAACACCUUUUUCGGUGGCCGCUACCUGAUCCUUCUCAUGUCUAUAUUUUCCAUCUACACGGGCUUCAUUUACAAUGAUUGCUUCGCCAAAUCUUUCAACAUAUUUGGAUCUUCCUGGCAUGUCCGCCCCAUGUUUGACAAAGGAAACUGGACAGACAGUAUGAUGCAUGAUGAUGGCACAUAUCAGCUGGACCCCAAAAUCGUAGGAGUGUACUCUGGAAAUCCCUAUCCUUUUGGAAUAGAUCCGGUCUGGAACAUUGCAACCAACAAGCUGACAUUCUUGAAUUCCUACAAGAUGAAGAUGUCUGUCAUCAUGGGGAUCUCACACAUGAUCUUUGGAGUGGUGCUCAGUAUCUUCAACCACAUUUAUUUCAGGAAAACCAUCAACAUCAUCUUGCAGUUCAUCCCAGAGAUGAUCUUCAUGCUUUCCCUGUUUGGUUACCUUGUUUUCAUGAUUAUUUUCAAGUGGUGCCACUAUGAUGUCCAUGCUGCUGGAUAUGCUCCAAGCAUCCUCAUCCAUUUUAUCAACAUGUUUCUGUUUAGUUAUGGUGAUCCGACAAACGUUCCCCUCUAUGAGCACCAGCAAGAAGUACAAACCUUUCUGGUAAUUUUUGCCUUGAUUGCUGUUCCUUGGAUGCUCCUGAUUAAGCCCUUCAUCCUUCGAGCCAAUCAUCAAAAGCAGCAGAGAAUGCUGAUGUCAUCUGAACUGUCUGGGAGUCCCACAGGUGAUAUCGAGGUGGAUAUCAUGGAGUCUAAGGACCCCAAGAAGGCAAACCACCAUGACCAUGAGGCUGGUGGCCACGGAGGACAUGGGGAUCAUGAGGAAGAGUUCAACUUUGGAGAUAUCUUUGUGCACCAGUGCAUCCACACCAUUGAAUACUGCUUGGGUUGCAUUUCCAACACGGCUUCCUACCUACGGCUCUGGGCUCUUAGUUUGGCUCAUGCGCAGCUCUCCGAAGUCCUCUGGACCAUGGUGUUUAAGAUUGGAUUUGGGUUCAAAAACUGGGCAGGACUCAUUGUGGUUUUUAUCAUCUUUGCUGUCUUUGCUGGCCUGACAGUAGCGAUUCUGCUUAUCAUGGAAGGCUUGUCUGCCUUCUUACAUGCAUUGAGGCUUCACUGGGUGGAGUUUCAGAACAAAUUCUAUGCCGGAGCGGGUUAUGCAUUCACACCAUUCUGCUUUAGGACCAUCAUUGAAGGAACAGAAGAAUGAAGUCUAUUCAGAGCAUGGAAAUCUAAUCUCCUUGUCUUGCUUCCAUUCUUUUUUUCUUCUUCUAGG